AUGAGUUUGAAUGCAUUUGCAACUUUAUGUGAAUUGCUACAAGUUCAAGGUGGAUUAGACGAAGAUGGUCAUGUUGGCAUAGGCGAGCAAGUAGCUACUUUCUUAACCAUAUUAGCUCACCAUACCAAAAAUCGCAGCGUACAGGUUAGGUUUUAUAGGUCUGGUGAAACUAUUAGUAGGUAUUUUCACAAGGUAUUGCGUUCGGUUUUGCGUGUCCAAAGUAUCUUAUUUGCAAAGACAGACCCUGUACUAAAAGAUUGUGUAGAUCCCAGAUGGAAAUGGUUUAAGGGUUGUCUAGGAGCAUUAGAUGGAACUUACAUAGAUGUCACAGUCCCGAAGAGUGAUAAAUUUAUAUAUCAAAUGAGUAAAUCUAGAAUAUCCACCAAUGUCUUAGGAGUUUGCAAUCAGAACAUGAAUUUCGUCUAUGUCCUUAGCGGUUGGGAAGGAUUGGCAUCUGAUUUAAGGGUACUUAGGGAUGCUAUUACUCGACGUAAUGGCUUGAAAAUACCUAUUGGGUGUUAUUACUUAGUGGAUGCCGGCUAUACCAAUGGGAGAGGAUUCUUAUCUCCUUAUAGAAAUGUUCGCUAUCAUGUGAAUGAGUGGGUUCAAGGUCAUUGA